AUGAAUGGCUCCAGGGAUCCACCCAAGAUCGGYCCCUUCACAGCGGAUGCAUUCAAGGCCAUCGCUCCAACAUCGAUUUACCAAUACCGUCCACUUGACGAUCCAAGCAAUGAGAUCAGAUUACUAAAGUACAAGGGAACGUCCCAAUUACUGGCGUCUGCGAGUCUCUGCUUCGAAUUCAUCACUGUUCGUUGUCCUUCGGGCCCCGAUGACAUUGGCGCGCCUUUCUACGCUGUAUCUUACAGCUGGGGCACUGUGCCAGAGGUCGCGGAAAUUAUACUUGACGGCCACGAAGCCGAAGUUCCACACAGCUCAGAAGCGGCUCUAAGAGGGCUCAUUACAGCUUUCGAACGGGGUGCUGGGGAUGCGAAUGUGCCAAUAUGGAUUGAUGCCAUCUGUAUCAAUCAGCAGGAUGUUGCUGAGAAAGAAAAGCAACUGUCUUUGAUGGCGCGUCUGUACAGCUGUGCUCAAGCCGUCUGUAUUUGGUUGGGCUCUGCUGGUAUUCAUACCGCUGCUGCGCUGCAUUCGCUGAACGCUCUGAAGACGGAGAAAGAGGCGUGGUUUCUACAACAUGGAGAGAUGGCCACACCGCCAAAUGGAGAUCUUCCAACUCCUACAGGAUGUGAUUGGGAAGCUUUGAGAACCAUUUUGGCUGUUCCUUGGUUCACACGAGUCUGGACCAUCCAAGAGAUCGUGCUCGCUCGGCCGGGUCAAGCCAAUGUCUUUUGUGGCCGCCAUACGUUCUCCUGGGACGACUUUGCUGCCGUUGCAUAUUGGGCUUGGAAUACACAUCGAGAUGUCAUGCCUGACGCCUUUAACGCCAAGUAUCUUCUUCCUGCGGUGAUGAUGGCGAAGGUAAAGAUGCGCGGAAGGGUGCAGCUUUCCCGUCUCUUGGUAUCCACCAUAUCUCGAGGUGUGACAAAGCAGGAAGACAGGAUCUAUGGCUUACUUGGAAUCAGACCAGAGGAGGAGGCCGUUCGGGGAUUCAUUGCGCAGAGCUAUGACAAGCCGCUAAGCGCGAGAUACACGGCGGCCGCUGCGAUGAUCAUGGAGUCGGAGAACUCGCUGCUUCUGCUCGAACAGAUGUCGGUCAUGAAUCGUGUCGGCUACUCAACAGGUCCGGAUGGAAAAGAGCACUGGCCGRCCUGGGUUCCACGUCUGSAUAUGGAAAACAUGAGCUGGGGUGAUGCGGGGUUGCUGACCCCAGUCACUGGUAUUGGAUGCAACACGCAUAAUGGACUGCCAGCUCCCAUGAUAAGGUCCACACCGUCCGCGGGCCUGUUACAUCUCAGAGGUUUACGCAUCGGGACGGUCGAGUUGGCCUUUGAACCUUUGAUCCAGAACAAGCUGCWUACGACUCGAGUGGAGAGUAAUAAUUGGGACUCUACAGAAGUAGCGAGACACUUUUCGUAUUUGUGGGCUCCUGAGUUCAUCGAUGAGCAUAGUAGCAGAGAGACGAUCGUCGCCGUGGCCGACUCAUUGACCAUUGGUGGCUAUUCGGACAUUGAUGAUGACAACACCAAGUUGAUACGAGAUUUUGGUGCCAUGAUGUAUAAAGGCUGGGAGCUUCAUUCGGAACAGGAUCGAGAAAAUUUUGUACUCCCUGCUUUCGCCCAAGAGGGCAAUACAGGCAGCAUCGUUGACUUUGUCGAGAACGUCGCUGGGCGAGCACCUCGUUUCAGGCACUUGAAAAUAUCUGAAGGGAGAUUCGGGAUGGGAUACGACAAUAUACUCCCUGGAGAUGUCGUGGUCAUCUUGUUGGGCGUCAAUGUGCCAGUGAUAUUGAGGCCGAAGGGUGACAGGUUUGCUUUGCUGGGAGCGAUCUAUGUUUCGGGUGUGAUGCAUGGCGAAUACAUCCGCAGUUUAUCGGAAGAUCAACUCCUGGCGAAGACGGAGACUUUUGACAUCUGUUAG